ACAGUGCCAGCAGGAGUAUAGCAGACAGUGCCAGCAGGAGUAUAGCAGACAGUGCCAGCAGGAGUAUAGCAGACAGUGCCAGCAGGAGUGUAGCAGACAGUGCCAGCAGGAGUAUAGCAGACAGUGCCAGCAGGAGUAUAGCAGACAGUGCCAGCAGGAACAUAGCAGACAGUGCCAGCAGGAACAUAGCAGACAGUGCCAGCAGGAGCAUAGCAGACAGUGCCAGCAGGAGUAUAGCAGACAGUGCCAGCAGGAGUAUAGCAGACAGUGCCAGCAGGAGUAAAGCAGACAGUGCCAGCAGGAGUAUAGCAGACAGUGCCAGCAGGAACAUAGCAGACAGUGCCAGCAGGAACAUAGCAGACAGUGCCAGCAGGAACAUAGCAGACAGUGCCAGCAGGAACAUAGCAGACAGUGCCAGCAGGAGCAUAGCAGACAGUGCCAGCAGGAACAUAGCAGACAGUGCCAGCAGGAACAUAGCAGACAGUGCCAGCAGGAACAUAGCAGACAGUGCCAGCAGGAACAUAGCAGACAGUGCCAGCAGGAACAUAGCAGACAGUGCCAGCAGCAGUGGAGCAGACAGGAGUGGUGCAGACAGUGCCAGCAGGAACAUAGCAGACAGUGCCAGCAGCAGUGGAGCAGACAAGAGUGGUGCAGACAGAAGUGGAACAGACAGGAGUGGUGCAGACAGCAGUGGAACAGACAGGAGUGGUGCAGACAGAAGUGGAACAGACAGGAGUGGAGCAGAUAGCAGUGGAGCAGACAGGAGUGGUGCAGACAGAAGUGGAGCAGACAGGAGUGGAGCAGACAGCAGUGGAGCAGACAGGAGUGGAGCAGACAGCAGUGGAGCAGACAGGAGUGGAGCAGACAGGAGUGGAGCAGAGAGGAGUGGAGCAGACAGCAGUGGAGCAGACAGGAGUGGUGCAGACAGAAGUGGAGCAGACAGGAGUGGAGCAGACAGCAGUGGAGCAGACAGGAGUGGAGCAGACAGCAGUGGAGCAGACAGGAGUGGAGCAGACAGCAGUGGAGCAGACAGGAGUGGAGCAGACAGCAGUGGAGCAGACAGAAGUGGAGCAGACAGGAGUGGAGCAGACAGCAGUGGAGCAGACAGGAGUGGAGCAGACAGCAGUGGAGCAGAGAGGAGUGGAGCAGACAGCAGUGGAGCAGACAGGAGUGGUGCAGACAGAAGUGGAGCAGAGGGAGAAGCAGAGAAAAUGCCCGAGUUAAACGCGCAUGUUAAAUAG